UUUGUUUUUGUCUUCCUUCUUUUUCCCAUUCUGAUCCGUCAAAAUGCGAUCUGCAACUCUCGUCCUCGCCGUGCUGGCGAUGGGUGCCGCGCUUGCCAACGCCACCACCUUCCAACUGUCCACCAAGACUCCCUACGUUCCUGCCGACGUUUCAUCCAACUAUGCCGCCCCUCCGGCCGGCUGCUCGGACGAAUUCACAUCCAUGUUCAUCCGCCACGGCGCCCGUUACCCCACCUCCAACGACAACAAGAAGCAGGCCAAGCUGACCCAAGCAUCCGGUGGCUCUAUUUCUGCUGCUCAGCAGGCCACUAUUGCCGCCAACGGCUUUGCGUGGCUCCAGGGCUGGGUUCCUCCGUACGACAUCAGGUACCAGGGUGAUCUCGUUACCGCCGGUAUGACCGAGCAGUACGACAUGGCCAAGCGUCUCAAGGUUUCCUUCCCGAACUCGUUCGCCAACACGCUGUACACUCCCGAGGCCUACGCGUUCGCCUCUGCCAACGUCCCGCGCGUCAUCCAGAGCUCUGCCGCCUUCUCGUACGGUCUCUUUGAAGGCAGCGGCCCCAUGCACGGCGGCUACAUGCCCGUGCAGGUCACCACCCAGGAUCCCCAGGACGACGUGACGAUUGCCUUCAAGGACAACUGCCCUCUCUGGGGCUCGUCUGUGGACGGCAACGCUUCGGCCAUCCUCGAGUACACUGCCUUCACCAACACAAAGCUGGCCCCUGUCAUUGCCAAGAUCAAGGCCAAGCUCAACUCUCCCACGGAUGCCGGCUACAACCCGUCGUCGGCUGACGUCCAGGCCAUGUACGCUGCCUGCUCGUCCGAGUACUCGAUCAACGGCAUUGCAAACCAGUGGUGCUCGCUCUUUGACGAUGACGACUUUACCACCAUGCAGUACUGGGAUGAUCUUGACAACUGGUAUCUGUACGCCUACCCCACCGUCGGCUACCAGCAAGCUGCCAACCUGCUGCAAGCCAUGGUCCGCGACAUCACCACCCACAUUGCCACCCCGUCGAUGACCCGCGCGUCCGUCCGUCACGGCCACGCCGAGGGCAUCAUUCCGUACACCCAGCUGCUCCGCCUGUACCGCGAGUCUGCCCCGCUGACGGCCAACGCUGACGCCACCACCAUCGCCAACCGCAAGUUCCACGGCGACAAGAUUGUGCCGUACUCUGCCAACAUUGCCAUGGUCCUGUACACUUGCUCCAGCGGCGACAAGUACAUCAAGCUGCUGCACAACGAGAAGGAGGUUGCCGUCCCCGACUGCGCCCACCCCGUCAACACCUUCUACUGCCCUGUUGCCGACUUCCAGGCCACCUACGCUACCGAGCUUGCUCUGAACUUUGCCACUGUCUGCCAGGUGCCCGUUGUCCCCGCUACCGUCACUGCGACCGUCACCCAGACGUCGACCCAGACCCAGACUCAAACCUUGACCUCGACCCAGACCCAGACCCAGACUCAGACUCAGACCCAGACUGAGACCGUUACCGUCACUGGCCAUCACAACGCUGGUGUCACUGCUCAAGUCGGCACCGGCCUUCUUGCCAUGACCCUCGUCGCUGCCUUGGUUGCCGCCGCCUUCUAAAUCGGCAGUGUUUCUAUGCAUAGCGCUGUGGCGUCUACAGACUAUCGUAUGACGACACAGUGAGCUUUUACGAUUUGUAAUCUGCUGGAUGCUUUUUGUGUUGCCUUGUAGAGCAAGGCCGGUCGUUGUGAAUACAGCUUUUUCCGUG